AUGGGUUUGAAGCCGUAUCUAGGCCUUCGGGGAAAUGCCCUUCUUAGGGCUGCCCUCUUCUUCGUCGUGUGUCCAACUUUCACUUGCUAUGGAUACAACAUGGGUGUGACCGGUGGUCUCUUGACCCUCGAGGCCUUCAAUUCGCAGUUUCCCAGAAUGGACACAAUACAUACCCACGGGGCAGCCUACAAAGAGAACUCGCAAAUGCAAGGCACCGUCAUCGCCCUCUAUACCGUCGGGGGUAUCUUUGGCGCCCUGUCAUGCAUCUACCUGGGUGACCUCUGGGGCCGACGUAAGGUGAUCUUUAUAACCAACUUCAUCAGUAUCAUCGGCGCCAUUCUCAUGGCAACCUCGUUUGAUUUUGCUCAAUUUAUCGUCGCGAGACUGGUCCUCGGUUUGGGCAUCGGUGGAUAUGUGGCGACGGUCCCGGUAUGGCAAUCGGAACUUUCGCCAGCGCACAAGAGAGGAUCCAACGUCGUCACGAAUGGCGUCUUUAUGGGAAUUGGUGUGACUGGUGCCCUGUGGAUUGAUUUGGGUUUUUAUUUUAUCAAAAACAACUCGGUCUCUUGGCGGUUCCCUCUUGCCUUCCAAAUCGUGAUGCCGGUCAUGGCGAUGUUUUUCAUCGCAGUGCUGCCAGAGUCGCCUCGCUGGCUCAUCAAGGACGGACAGGUGGAGGAAGGACGCAAGGUACUUGCGGCAUUGCUCGAUCUUGAUAAGUAUUCGGACGAGGUCAACGAAAACAUCCUCAGCAUUGAGACAUCUCUUGCCUACUGCCCAGGCGCUUGGACCGACAUGUUCAAAAACGGCGAGCAACGGCUCUUCCACCGCGCAUAUCUAGCUGCCACGGGCCAGAUGUUCCAGCAGAUGUGUGGUGUCAAUUUGAUCACCUACUACGCCACAACGAUUUUCCAGCAGUACCUCGGAAUGAACGCCGUGAACUCUCGGGUCCUCGCUGCUUCAAUGACAAUGAUGCAGCCCCUCGGUGGCUACCUGGCCUAUUUCACCAUCGACCGGCUUGGCCGCCGCCCUCUCAUGCUAUGGAGUGGGGUAGCCAUGACAAUCUGUAUGGCAGGUCUUGCUGGCACAACCUCCCCCUCUGCAGCUAAUAAUACAGGAGCCCUAGCCAUGGCCGUGGUUUUCCUGUUCUGCUUCCAAUUCAUCUUCACGGUUGGCUUUUGCGGUCUAACUUUCCUCUAUGCCGCGGAAAUGGCCCCUCUCCAAGUCCGCGCCGCCGUCAACGCGGUAUCCACUGCCACCGUGUGGGCUUUCAGUUUCAUGAUAGCUCAGGUAACUCCCGUCGGUUUCUCCACGAUUGGAAGUCGGUACUAUAUCAUCUUCGCGGUUGUCAACGCCGCUAUCGUGCCCAGCGUGUAUUUCUUUUUCCCAGAGACCAAGGGACGGUCACUGGAGGAGAUCGACGAGAUCUUCGCGCAAUCAAAGUCUAUAUUCGAUCCCCCUCGGGUAGCUCGUGCUAUGCAGAAGCGUGCAAAGCAAGCGCGUGAAUCGAACUCCGAUUGUGGUGAUACCAGCACCAAUGAGGUUGUUGUCAGCGAGGAGGUCAAGGCAUGA